GUAGAUACAGGUGCAAUCUGAAGAAGCUCCAUAACUCUCAGCCCCGUUUGUAUUUUCAUCGUAUUUUGAUGUAGAAAAUGGGCGCAAAAUGAGUUUUGAAGGUGAUUUAAAAACCAGACUGCUUCAGCAGGAGUGCCACUUUACUUGGUCUCUAAGAGAAGAAGACUUUAAUCUCCUCGAUUUACAGAAUCGUCUGGAGGAACAGAUUCGGAUGGAAUCCGGCAAGAACAGAGUAACACGGGCUUACAGCAGCUUUGGAUUUAUUCAUUACCUUCACGGCGACCUCCCGGCAGCACUAACAAAUCUGCAGAAAUCUGUGCAGCUCGCAAAAGAGUACUACAAAGAGACAAGCGAUGAAUUUCUUAUUGUGACCUAUGGCGACCUUGCCUGGUUGCACUAUUAUAUGAAGGAAUUCUCUCAAUGUGAAGACUACUUGAGACUGUUAGAAAGGACCAAUGGAAAAUGUUUGGAUGGAUUCACCUAUAGCAUGCCUCUAGAGGUGCUCAGAGAAAAGGGUUGGGCUUUUCUUAAAUUCUCUUACAAAUAUUACAAUGCUGCAAAAGAAUGCUUUAGACAGGCCCUUGAAAUGAUCCCACAUGACAGCGAUUUAAAUACAGGCUAUGCGAUUGCACUGUACCGUACAACAACCGAGAACCCUGACUCUCAAGAUUCGCCAACAAUACAACAACUCCAAAAAGCAAUAAAGCUUAAUACAGAUGAUGCGGUUCUACUAGUUUUGCUGGCCCUGAGAAAUGUUGACCAAAAAAAUGAUAAAAAAGAUGAUGAUAUGAAAAAAUCACAUACUGAACUGAGGAUAAAGAUGGUGAUUAGUGCGCUUUUGAAGUCUCCUGAAAACCCGCAUGUCAUGAGAUAUGCAGCAAAAUUCUUUCGUGAGUUGGAAUCGUUGGACAUGGCCAUAAAUCUACUGAAAAAAGCACUGCAGGAUUCCCCAGGCUCAGCCUUCAUACACCAUCAAUUAGCAUUGUGUUACAAAAAUAAGAAAUAUAAAGCAGAUGGAAAUUUCAAGUCGGACUUGAAACUGUGCAUCGAUCAUCUAAAAAUGGCUGUUUCUUUAAGGCCUUCGUUCAUUAUUGCUAUGGCAGAUCUGGCACAACAUUAUGGACUGGAUGGUUCUAUCUCAGAAGCUGAGAGACUUUUUGAACAAGCAUUCAAAGAGGCUAUUUACAGAAAGCAACAUCUGCAGUCUGUGUAUUGUUCGUAUGGCAAGUACCAGCUCAACACCAAACAUUCUGAACAACUAGCCAUACAAAACUUCAUGCAAGGCCUGAGGCUGCAGCCUGAAUCAGCAGAAGGCAAGAUGUGUGAGUCAAGGCUGAAAAGGGUUGCUGAAUGUCGAAUUAAAAAGCUGAAAGAUCCUAAUGACAGUACGGCAUGCUACAUACAAGGAUUCAUUCAUGAAGUAGCAGGUAAAACACUCCAGGCUGCAGAGUUCUAUGAGAAAGCCUUAAGGAAUGGCCUUGCUGUUGGUGAAAGCAUUCUUCUCACAGAAAUCAGGAUUUGGUUCAUGGACUUCAAAGAAAAAGGAACAUCUGUUGUUGAUCUGCUCUUUGAAGAAGAAUCAAAGAUUUGUGAUGAAGGACAGUUUGGCGAUAACAGACUUAAGAUUGUCAGAGGCAAAUUGAAAGAGAAAAGUGCGUACGUGGUAGAGAUUGACAUUUGCGACGCCAAGAGGAUUCUUAAAUGGGAAAGAUGUGUUCUCACUCCUGGACCCCAUGCAGUUCUACUCGCCUUCCGUCUUGAUCACGGGGAAUUCACAAAGAAGACCAAAGAGAUUCUUGAAGAUUUAGAGUUUCUUGGAGAGAAAUUCUGGAAUCAUGUCAUUGUGGUAUUUACAGAAGGAGACUGUAGUAUAAAUGAAUAUACUGGAGCUCAGAGAGAAGUUUUGGAGUGGAUUUUUGAAAAAUGUGGAUACAAAUACUACAUCUCUGGCUCUGCACCAGAAAUGAUACUAAGGAUGAUUAGGAGAAAUAAUUCAAUGCAUCUGCUUUUACCAGAGAUUUCAGAUGGAGCUUCUCAAUCCCCUUCAGAAGUCUUAAGAGGGCCAGCCAAAAAAGAUUUGUUCACUCCAGAGAUCAUUGUUCAGGAUGGACAAACUAAAUACAGGCUACGAUGCAGUAAUGCAGGCUGGUUUCAAUGUGAGUUUACACAGGUUGGUUUUAACAUGUUGGGAGAAGGGGAGGUGUUGUACAACACUGUUCUUCAGGGAAGAAACUGUCCAGCCCUCGCCAACUGUUACCCAGCAGGGCCUCUGUAUGACAUCAAAUGUGUUCAGGGUGAGCUCUCUCAACUCAAACUGCCUCACUGCGAGACCUCCAUUGAGGAUGCACACCACUCUGUGACCGUUAUACGUUUCUCUAAUCACAUUGUUGAUAUUCUGAAACCUGAGAAUGUCACAAGAACACAUGUGACAGUGAGCAUCCAAGGAACAUCAUCAUUCUGGAUUUCCAAGAUAUUAAACUGGUUUAAGAAUAGGAUCUAUGGACAAGUGAUGCUGUUCUACCAACCAUCUUAUCAUAGGCUGCAUGUGUACCUACAACCACGCAACGUGAACCCUAAAGAAGUGAAAAAAUUGAAUAAAAAUUAUCAAUUAAUCCAAUCACCGUGUGAUUGCAUGCUUAAACUUAACUGUACGUACAGCAUGUCCUGUGAUACUAUAGAUGAGCAUGGACGUUCAUUGAUGCCAGUAAAAACGUUACAACCAGUGGCAACCAAAUUUAUCUGCACCGUUCCUUGGGAACAUUUAUAUCCAACAUUUGAUAUAAAGUUGCCGGAUGGCGUGAUGAAUGUGAAAUUAUGGCUCAAAAAGGGAGACCCCAAAAAAGGAAUAGUCAAAGAUGUAUGGAACCUUGAAGUACCACUCGAAGAAUAUAAAGCAGAAAAAAGCAAACAGAUGACAUCAUCUGAUGAGCAAUUUGCAUCCUUUCUGCUUGAAAACAAAAGCAAACUCAUCCAAAGGGUGAGAAAUGUUGAUCCCAUUUUAGAUGACCUUGAUAAAUUCAUUGAACCAGAAGAGAUGAGUGAAAUCAGAGCAAUGACAACAUCACAGAAAAAAACGAGGGCCAUCUACGAUAUUACAGAUAAACAAGGUCUUUUAUCAAAACAAACCUUUUUUGAUUCGCUUCACAAAAAUGAAACCAUUCUUAUGAAAGAUAUGACAACAGACAAUGACUAAUACUACUCGUGUAUGUGAAAUGAACACUCAAUCAGCAGACAAACUGAUGUAUUAAUAUGUAAGCUAUGGUAUAACUAACAUUUGUAAAAGCAUGUUAAUUGUCACAAUUGUCUCAAAUGUGUUAAACAUUUUAUGGGGUGUCCUGCUUUGCAGUGUAAUUUGACAAUAAUGUUUAGAUUGGAGUGAUUAUGAGUCAAUGGCUUUGUUUCAAUUUAUGGUAUGGGAUAAAAGCUCAAUUGUAAAUAAGUAUUCAGAUGUAUUUUUUAUUUUUUUAUAUUUGAUUUAGUCUUGUCAUCUCAUUUGACCUUUUUUGUAUUUAAGCCCUCAUGUUUGCCUUUGUCCUUGUCAAGUACGGUUGUAAUGUCACUUCAUGAUUAGUUCCUGUACAUGGAUUUUGCUUAUAACCAAGUCAAGUUAAAGAUUUGGUAAGUCUUUCUGUUUAGUUUAGUAUUUUAUCACUGUUAAUAAA